AUUUACAAAAACAUCAAAGUGACAUAUGACAGAUUUUUGAUUGUUUUUAGCAAGUUUUUACAAUUAUACGAAUAUUUAUAACUGCGUUAUGCAAAGUUGAUUAAUUUAUAAAUAAAUAACGGAAAUAUGGGCAACUCAGGAUUAAAACAACAUAUUGAGACAGCACAGAAAACAGGCGUUUUAAAAGUAUCGCAGGGAAAAUUGAACGAGUUUCCUCCAGGAUUUAAGCAACUUGAAGGAUGUCUACGAACAUUGGAUUUGUCUGACAACAAGUUUGUAAUACUUCCAAAUGAAAUAAGCAGGUUUAUGCAGUUAAAGCAUUUAAAUUUAAGCAAAAACAAAUUAGCUAAACUACCUGAUUGCAUUGGGGCUUUAACAAAGCUGGAAUCUUUUAAUGCAAGCCACAAUAAUUUGGGUUGUUUGCCGAGAACGCUGUCAAAUUUAAUCCACUUAAAGCAGGUAAAUUUAAGUGAUAACCACAUCAAGGAGUUUCCUUUGGUGUUUUGCGGGUUAAAACAUUUAGAUGUGUUAGAUUUAUCACGGAAUGAGAUUGUUACCAUUCCAUAUGAAGUCAAUACUUUGAAUGUGACUGAAUUAAUAUUAAAUCAAAAUCAAAUAUCACAAAUAUCCCCUGAAAUAGCAAACUGUCCAAGAUUAAAGACAUUAAGAUUGGAAGAAAACUGCCUACAAUUGAACUCUAUUCAUCCUAAAAUAUUAUCGGAAUCUAAAAUAUCAAACAUCUCUGUAGACGGAAAUUUGUUUGAAUCAAAACAAAUAGCAAAUAUAGAUGGUUACGAUGCCUAUAUGGAGCGAUUUACUGCAGUUAAGAAAAAAUUGUUUUAACUUGAAUUCUUGCUACAGUUCCUACUAUUUAUUUGUAAAAACUUUUAUGCUGACAUAUUUUGCUGCUAUUUGUGAUAAAAUUGUUUUAAUAAAUCUAUAUUUUUAAUAUGAAUUUAUGACGUUUUUAAACUGGAAUGAACUGUACAACUUUACUCUUGUCUAUUCCAAUUUAAUUGUAUCUGGUGCUUUCUGUCAAUUCUACAUGUAUACUGUAUAAAUUGUUUUUUACUCACUAGAUAGGUUUGCUAAAAUCUAACAAAUUUUUCGUGACUUUGAGGUUUAAAAAUGAUUAGUUUUUAUACAGGGUGUCCCAAAAAUGGCACAGUUCACAAAUUUAAAUUACAAAAAACAUGAUUUUUUUUGUUAUUAUGCAUUGGUGUAAAAAAAGGAAACACUGUGUAUCUAAUAAGAUGAAAUAAUCGUAUAAAAUGAAUUCUAAGGUUGUUAUACAUAGUUCA